GCGUUAUUUGACACGUCAUCAACAGUGCGCCGAAAUCGUUCACGCAUGCGCAAAAGAGUGGAGCUAACAAAUUUCAAACUGGACGGCGGGUAGUUGAAGCCUAGACCGAGAAAAACAAAGGUCCAUUGUCACGAAUAUAGCCAAAAGUGUAAGAAAAUGACUAGCACGUUGAAAGGGAUUACUCUCAAAGGAAGCGCCGAGCUAGUAGCCGAGUUCUUCUCAUUUGGCAUCAACAGCAUCCUGUACCAGCGGGGCAUAUAUCCUCCAGAGACAUUCAGCAGGGUCACCAACUAUGACAUGAGCCUUCAACUUACCACUGAUCCCAAACUGAAGAACUACCUGACCAAUGUGGUGUCUCAACUCAAAGAGUGGCUGUUUGAGUGCACUGUGCAGAAGCUGGUGUUGGUGAUCACAUGUCUGGAGACCAACGAGGUGCUGGAGAGAUGGCAGUUUGACAUCGAGUGUGACAAAUCAGCCAAGGAGAGCAGUGCUCCCAGAGAGAAGUCCAUUAAGACCAUCCAGGAUGAGAUCCGCUCCGUUAUCAGACAGAUAACCGCCACCGUUACUUUCCUGCCACUGCUGGAGACGCCAUGUGCAUUUGACCUCCUUGUCUACACAGACAAAGACCUGGUAGUUCCUGAUAAGUGGGAGGAGUCCGGGCCGCAGAUCAUCGACCAAUCGGAGGAGGUGCGUUUACGCUCCUUCACCACCUCCAUCCACAAGGUGAACAGCAUGGUGGCGUACAAGAAGACGGACUCAGUUUAGAUGUCAAACCCCCCCCUUUCACCCUAUGAGCUGUAUAUACAACCAAGCGCUGCCCCUUUAUAGAGUAGGUUUUACAGUGCCCUGUCCUACCUCACUGUCUGCAUCUCUGUCCAGUAUUCUGAUCUUCACUUGGUCUCACUUGUCUUUUUGACAACGAUGUGACAGCAACCUGCUCUGUCUACACUGAUGUAAAUAUUUCUCAUAAGCAGUGAUUAGUCUAUUAGAACAACUGUUUUCUUUAGUAUUUUUUCCCCUUUCUCUCAAGUUGUCAACCUCUGUUUUAGAAGCUAGUGGUUUAUAUGUUGAACUUUUAUAAAAUGUCAUAAAUAAAUGUCUUUCACUAAG